CUGAUUGGCUCGUCAAGAGGCGUCCGGAAGUCGCCGCCUGGUUUUGUCUCGUCCACAGAAAAACUGGGUUGUGUCAAAUUCUUUACGAGUAAAGCCACGGGCACUUUGCGUACAGAUCUAAUCAAAGCAAAUUGUGCAGUAUUUUAAGUAGUUUAAUUUAGUUGUGCGAUUGAUCUUGAACGUCAAAGGAAAGAACAUCAAGGAGCACUGCAGGAUAGCUAAAUUCGGGUGGCCUGCUUAUAAACAAAAGCCAGCGUUUGAAUGAUGGAGAUCAUCAGCUUGAUGUGCACGCUGCUGUUGUGGACUGCCACUGCCCACGGGAAACCCACCACGAGGAAAGAGCGUGUCAUUCACGAAACCAACCUAAACGAGAGAACGCAAGACGACAAUAACAGCUUCCAAUACGACCACGAGGCCUUUUUGGGUAAAGAGGAGGCCAGGACGUUCGACCAGCUCACUCCGGAAGAAAGCAAAGACAGACUCGGUAAAAUAGUAGAGAGGAUCGACAGCGACGGGAACGGCCUCAUCACCACCGAAGAGCUCAAAGCGUGGAUCAAACGUGUCCAGAAACGUUACGUUUACGAGAACGUAGCGAAGGUUUGGGGAGAUUAUGACCUCAACAAAGAUGACAAAAUCUCUUGGGAAGAGUACAAGAAGGCAACGUAUGGAUACUACCUUGCCAAUCCAGGUGAGUUUGAUGAGACGACAGACCAGUUCAGCUUCAAGAAGAUGCUUCCUCGUGAUGAGAGGAGAUUCCUUACAGCUGAUCUAAACGGGGAUCAAGCAGCUGACAGAGAAGAGUUCACAGCCUUCCUGCAUCCUGAGGAGUUUGACCACAUGAAGGAGAUUGUAGUGCAGGAAACCCUGGAGGAUAUCGACAAGAAUGGCGAUGGACACGUGGAUGUGGACGAGUAUGUUGCUGACAUGUUUGCUCAUGAAGACGGGGGCCCAGAGCCAGACUGGCUGAAGACCGAAAGGGACCAGUUCUCAGACUUCAGAGACUUGAACAAAGAUGGCAAAAUGGACCGGGAGGAAAUUCGCCAGUGGAUCAUGCCGCAAAACUACGACCAUGCUCAGGCUGAGGCGCGACACCUGGUGUACGAGUCCGACCAGGACAAGGACCAAAUGCUGACCAAAGAGGAGAUCCUGGAGAAUUGGAACAUGUUUGUAGGAAGUCAGGCCACCAACUAUGGAGAGGACCUUACCCGAAACCAUGAUGAGCUUUAAUGAGGUUUUGUGCCCAAGUGCUUGAAUUGAUUUGCUGUAUGACAGAAGGUCAGUCUUGUUCAAGCAGCUCUUCAUGUCGGUUUAUGAUGGUUGAAGAACCUUAAUGCAGAUAAAGAGCAAGUUGGAGGACUUUUUGACCAAAAUCGGUCCACCGUUGGACUGUUUCUGACAUUCAGAAGCAGAAAGCCGUUCUUCAAAUUGACGAUGCCUUCCCACAGCCAUUUUGGCUUAGUUGCCUAACAACUGUUCAAUGAAUGCAGUGCUUUACGGUAACUCUUUGAUAUCAACAUUAAUGUGAAGCUAUAACUCAAGGAUGGAACUUUAUUUAUUUACAUUUUAGCUAUGGUUAGGCUGUGUGCAUGAAAAAAAAAAGAUUUUUAAUUUUUCUUAAACUGUUUCUGUUAAAUGAAGUUAACACAGCAAUGUUUUUAACUGCAGUGUUUUUGCACGUGAUAUCUUGUUACAGUUAACUCAUUGGAAAAGUUACUUGUUUAUCUGUUAAGAACAGGCAAAAUUUCUUUACAUUUUUUUUUUAUUUUCCAAACACCACACUUACUUAAAAGACCCACAUUAUUGAGUGAAAAACAUUAACAUGUCUUUAACUCAAUUGUGUACAAAUAAAAAUAAAAAACGCAUCUUUUCGGUCUUAAUUGAAUCCAUCUUG